UACAAGGUGAUCUUCUGGGAUAUCAUUUUUCUGGGAUCCCAGAAAGAAUUUGCAAUUUUUUCUGGGAUCCCAGAAAUAAUUUGCAACUUUUCUAGGCUCUAAUGAUAAACUUCUAGGAUCCCGGAAAUAAUUAUAAUUCAUCCGAGGGUUUAUAAUAUUUUACUUCUGGGAUCAUGAAAACAACUUCUAGGAUCCUGGAAAUAAUUUAUAAUCAAUUCUAGACUUUAUAGUAUUUUACUUCUAACGCUAUAGAAAACUAAUUACUAUACGAGUACAUCAUCUUUUUCAAAAUGUUGCAAUUUAAAGAAAUCUCUCUUAUAGAUGAUAUUACCAAAUUUUUAAUUAUAGAUACAUAUUUAGGAUUUGAAACAAAAAAAAUUGAUGACAUAAAUGUUAAAAACCUUUUUAAGGAUGACAGUCAGGAUAUCAUUAAAACUAUAAAAGAGUUUCUUGAAAAAGUUGAUUAUGACAGUACAAUAUCUACAUUUUUUACUUUGAUAAAUAAAAAUUUACCAGAAGUUUCUUAUUUAUACUCGAACGAUUUCAAAGAUAGUUUACAUAAGUAUUUAGAAUUAAUUGAUCCUAAUAAUUUAGUAAAUACAGUUCAAGAAACAUUUCAAUACUCAAGUUUUGAACGACAAACUAAGAUUACAGCUAAAACAUUGAUUAAAAAAAAUAUGAAAAUCGAAUUAACGGGUUUGUAUACCCCAUUAACUUUAGAAGAAGAGAAAAAAUUAUCUAAAGAAGGAAAUGAUUUUUCUAUCAUGUAUAGUUGUAGGAAGAAAACCUAUGUAGUAUUACUCGGACCAAUCGCUUUAGUGAACCAUGACUGUAAUGCUAAUUGUAGUUAUACAUCAAAUGUUGAAGGAAUCAUGUAUCUCAGUUCGAAAAGAAAAAUACAAAAAGGCGAAGAAAUCACCUGUGUUUACAGUAAUGAUUAUUUCGAAAGUAAUAAUUUACUUUGUGAAUGUAAGACAUGCAAUGAUGCAAAACAUUUACAUAAAAGACAAUUAAAACCGAUUCAGUAUCAAAAUCUAUCAACAUCAAACAUUAUUGCCAGAAAACUAAUUGAGUUCAAAACAUUGACAGAAAAAAUGUUACCGUCAGAAUUUCAUGGAAAAUGCCAACGAAAGACUAAUAAUAAUUUUGAAAAAGGGUUAGCUUAUGACAAUGAAUUUUAUAGAAUAUUUAUUGAAUUUUUAAAAAUUAAUAGAAUAAUCUCAGAAACGACUGAAGAACCCAAACUGCAAGUUGAUCAAAUUAAAAGCAUAGUACUUGGAAUUUACAAAAACUGGCAUAUUUCAAGCUAUAAAGCAGUGGAAAAAUUUGUAACAAAGUAUUUUGAAAUCAUCAAGGAAGAUAUCAAAGGUAAGCAUUUAGAAUAAUUAGAAUAGUCAAGUUAAAAAGCAAAAAAUUAAAACCGUUACGCAAAUGUUUUACAAUUUCCUUAUUUAUUUUACUUGAGAACUCUGCUUAAAUCAGCAUACAAAAAAUGAUAUAUUAUUACAUUAUUAAUAUAUCAAAGUAAAUAACUUAGAUUAAUUUAUAUUUCUUCAAAAUAAUUAUUCCAAAAUUUCAUUUGUUACCUUUUGAUUGGAAAUAAACUUUCUGUGAAACCAUUAAAAUAAUUUCAUCAAACUUGAAUAGUUACCUGUAAAAUAAUAUUUUCCACAAAGUAAGGAUUUCUUAAAAUUGAUAAUUAUUGUCCAUAAAUGUAGCAAUAAAUAUACUUAUCUGAAGAGCUUUUGUUCCAAUAUAUGAAAUUCUACAAAUAUUAUUUUCUUUUUUAAAGAGUUAUCAACUCAAGCCAUUGACUCACUCUAAUCAUAUUAUCAUAUUAAAUAUUUAGAAUAUACACAAAUUUUAUUUUCAAUGAUAUACUGUGUAUGUGUAUACGUCUUUAUCAAUGUUGUUUUUGUUACACUAACAGCUGUUUGAAAUCCUGUCUAUACAAUAAGAUCCCUUCCAUUGUUCUGAUUAGCUGAAUCCUUAAACACGGAGUUAAUCUAAGAUAAUCAGCCAAUUAUAUUUAUGCUACUAACUUCACGUACCACAACAAAACAAGGAAACAGAACACAGAACAACGGAACAGAAACCAUUGUAGACAGGCUCCUGCACCUUGUUCGAAAAUUUCGUCGAUCACUAUUUCGUUAAAAUUAGCUAUAAUACCUAAGAAUAAGACUAUUUGUCUUGAGAAUAUUAUUGCAAUAUCCGUUAUUGUAAGCCCUAAAAAGACAAUUAUUUUAAUAUGAUUUUUCUAUAAAGUUCUGCACGCACGUAAAUGAACACGACAGAUCAAGUAAAGACAUAUAAAGGAAGAGCGACAAACACGUGUGAAAAAGAGGCGCUUGUUCCACCAAAAUCCUCGCAGUACUUGUCAUUUUUUGUACGUGAAUUGGAUCAUAUAUUUAUUUAUAUAUACAAAAGAAACAUCGCGCUAUUACCAACGCA